UACUCAAUUUCCCUUUAAAUCUCCCCUCUCACCACCUUUCAGUGCUUUCACUGUCUCAUCCUUUGACAAAUGCUGUGUGCGUCAAACCAAAACCAGAGCUCUUAAACUCUUUAAUCGCCAAAUCUCUGAUAAUGGCUAACCCAAUCAAAGUCUUUGAGCUAAAUACCGGUGCUAAGAUCCCAUCGGUGGGACUUGGAACAUGGCAGGCCUCUCCUGGGGUCGUCGGUGAUGCUGUCACCACCGCUGUUAAGGAUUGGUUCGGGAAAAGGGUUGUGUUUCGUAAGAGUGAGAAAAAUCAUUCACUUUCGCGAGCAACUGAAAAAAAAACACGAGACGCAAUAAGAAAGGGGAUACAAGAGGCGAUAAGAGAGCGUCUUUGUUGAAGGUUGUGAAAUGGAGGAAGAACUGCGAGAUAUGAAGGCACGCAAAGCACACUACGACAUGCUCCAUUUCGUUGCAGAUGCGCAACAAGGGAUUCCCAAAUUGUGCCCCUGUGGAUCAAUCACGAAGGAAUCCGUAGAUGAAGAGGAUACAUAUGACUACCUCCCAGGGAAAAGAUACUUCAUCUGCAAAGACUUCGAGAUUUGAAGUAAUGACGGGAUGCAUUUUAGGCAGCCAUGGGUUAUGGGUGUGCAACAAGAGGUGGAGAGGCUCAAAAUAAGGGUUCACGAGCAUGAGAAGCUUCUCAGAGAAUGCGACGAAGUAAAGGCCCAUGUGGGGAUGUUGCUUAGGCGUGUGUCUGACCUUGAGAGAGUCCUCUGAGGUUAGUGUUUAAAGUUACAUGUCUUCUUUAACUCUCUAGUUUAAAAUUAGCAGUUAGAAUUGAAACGGAUAGGACUAUCGGUAACUUUGUAGUUUGAAAACGGAUUUGAUUCCUAUGCUUUGAAAACAUUUACUUUGCAGUUUGUACUUUCCAACUUGGUAGUUAUAAAUGCACACUAAACCACCAUUAAAUUUACCGUAACUGCAUCUUGCAAAGUAAAAUUGCAUUUAAUUGUCUCUAAUUGGAGAGAUACGCGGUUUUCCUGGGAUACGCGGUUUUCCUGGGAUGAUAGGAAGCAUCGACUGUAUGCAUUGGGAGUGGAAAAAUUGCCCAACCGCUUGGAAAGGACAAUAUACACGGGGAUCAGGAAAGCCGACCAUUGUCUUGGAGGCUGUAGCUUCACAAGAUCUUUGGAUAUGACACGCUUUUUUUGGUCCCCCAGGUACUUUAAACGAUAUUAACGUCCUCGAUCGGUCUCCUGUUUUUGAUGACAUUUUACAAGGUCGAGCUCCAAGGGUACAAUACGUGGUCAACGGACACCAGUAUGAUUUGGCGUACUACCUCACCGACGGCAUAUAUCCGAAAUGGUCAACAUUUAUCCAAUCAAUCUCACUCCCUCAAGGUCCUAAAGCCGAGUUAUUUGCUAAAGUUCAAGAAGCAACCAGAAAAGAUGUGGAACGUGCUUUUGGAGUAUUGCAAGCUCGAUUUGCAAUAGUGAAAAACCCGGCUAUUUUGUGGGACAAGAGACAAAACGGGAUGGCUAUACUCAGUUUGAUACACCUGCGUUUGAAGAAGUAGACUCGAGUAGGAGUCCACAUGUGGAUAUGUCAUAUUCUACCGACAUGCCUUCAAAUCUCGAUUGGGGCAGCUUUGAAAAAACUGUUUGAAGAGGAUGUAGUAAAACGCGAGGAGUUGUUCAUCACCUCCAAACUCUGGUGUACUGAUCAUGACCCUCAAGAUGUGCCAAUGGCGCUGAACAGAACUCUACAGAAUCUGCAGCUUGACUACGUCGAUCUCUAUUUGAUGCACUGGCCUGUACGGAUGAAGAAGGGUUCUGUUGGACUUGAUCCCGAGAACCUUUUGCCUGUAGACAUUCCUAGAACAUGGAAAGCAAUGGAAGCACUCUGUGAUUCGGGCAAGGCACGAGCCAUAGGUGUAAGCAACUUCUCCACCAAGAAACUAGAAACUAUCCUGGAGUUAUCUCGUGUUCCUCCUGCUGUUAAUCAGGUGGAAUGUCAUCCUUCUUGGAGACAAGCUAAGCUACGAGAGUUCUGUAAAUCCAAAGGAGUUCACCUCAGUGGAUACUUCCCAUUGGGUUCUCCAGGAACAACAUGGUUCAAGAGCGACGUUCUAAAGAACCCUAUACUAAAUACUGUUGCUGAGAAGCUUGGAAAGUCUCCUGCUCAAGUUGCGCUUCGUUGGGGACUACAAAGGGGUAACAGUGUGCUUCUAAAAAGCACCAAUGAAGGAAGGAUCAGAGAGAACUUAGAGCAACUGCAACGGGGAAGUGAAAUGGCUCUUAUCAAUUUGGAAGCUCAUGUGUUGCUGCUCAGUGGGGGAUUCGUCGUCCUCAUGUUGCAGUCAAAGCUUCUUUUUAUCCAACCAGAUUGGAAUCUCACCAUGACAACAGUUGCAUCAGCCAAAUAAAUUGUUUGGGAGCUUCACAGUCGAGUAUGUUUUCUUAUGGCUCCUUGCCCUUCUUGUCACUUGUAAUGGGACAGUCCCGUAAUUCACAUUCUUGUAGAGGAGCUCGCUUCACCAUUAGGCCUUAGGUUGAGUAAACAAAAUAUACUUUUGAGUUUAUGUCGUGGAUCCCAAUAACUGUCGGAACGUUACGGAUGCAGUGGAAGUGAAUGGAGGGGUUAUUGUGUCGGUGGUGAAGGAGGAAGAUUGGUUUAAGAAGCAUAGGAGCCGAGUGAAAGUGAUUGACUAUGGCGAAGCUGUCAUCAUGCCUGGUCUUGUUGAUGUGUAAGUUUGAUCUUAAACCACAUCACCAAGGACUCGGUUCUGUGUAGUUUCUGCUUCCUUCUGGAACAAUGGCUGCUGCUGCUGGUAAUCAAAUCAUGUUUCAAUUACUUUGAGUUUCGGUACUUAAACAUUGGCUCUUUCUUUGAAAGUUAAUUUCCUAGUAAAGUUGGCUCUUUCCUUGACCAAUGAAACAUGAACUCUCUCUUUUUUUUUGAACUUCAUGAAUACAAAACGCUAAGGACUCUAAUUCAAGUAACACCAAUGGACUUGAUUCUUUUGAUUAAGUCCUUAACUAUUCAAAAAAAACACCAAAAAAAUUUAAUGUUUUAAUAAUGCUAAGGACUCUAAUUAGAGUAACACCAUUGCAUAUGCUCUUAGAUGUUUUCGACUGGUCAAUAUAUACCCGAUGACUUGUUUGCCAAGUUUUCUGAUAUUGAACAGGCUAGAUUAUUGGAUGUUUCGUUCUUUGUUCACGAGACAUUGGGCUCUUAUAGGUCUCUUGAAGAAUUGUGGGAUGGCGAGAUGUGAUAUUUCAAAUGAUCUAUUUGUUUUGUCAAAUGAUAAGAGGUUUUUAUGUAUGAUGAACUUGUCAGUUUAUUCAUGAAUGUUACAGAACAGACAUGUCACUACAUAAACUUACAACCAUAUAUAUUUUCUUUUUGAAGUCUUAAUUAAAAAUAUAAUUAAUCUAA